AUGGAGUUGAACUUGAAUCGACCACUUGUUUUCGUUCCUCUUCUUCUUUGUCUAAUAUUCUUUAUUCAGUCUCCUACUGCUCUAUGUUGUCAUGAAAAUGAAAGAACAUCUCUUUUGACUCUCAAAUCCUUUCUUACUGAUCCUUCAAACCGUCUGUCAUCAUGGCAAGGGAAGAACUGCUGUAAUUGGCAUCGGAUUCAUUGUUCUAAUGACUCUUUGCAUGUCGUCUCGCUUGACCUACGGAAUCCAGACCCUGAAACGUUUGUACGCAACGUUGCCUCAGCUGUCCUCUCGACCUCAUCUCAGUCGGUUACUGCAGGCAAUGGUACUUUAGGGUUACAUAUCAUCGACAAGUUUGAAUUGGUUGAAUGGUUAACUGAAGUGAAUGGGUCGAUUCCUAGUUCAAUAACAAACGCAUCGUCAUUAGUUUCUCUUGACAUGUUAGGCUGUGCAAUUCAAGGUUCUUUACCUGCUUCAAUCUCAAAUCUUUCACGAUUGCAGAAGCUAGAGCUCAAUCAUAAUAACAUUGCCGGUUUCAUUCCUCCUUCAAUCUCUAAACUCAAAAAACUUCAAAUUCUAUCUUUAACUCAAAACAAUCUACAAGGAUUCAUACCCGAGUCGACAUGUGAGAUGUCUUCACUUCAGCAGAUUAAUUUGGGGCGUAAUAAUUUGACGGGAACGAUACCAAGUUGCAUUGGCAAGCUGAGGAACCUACAGAAAUUUCAUAUCAGUGGCAAUUCUGUAGGGGGUAGCGUUUCGUUGAUUUCUUUGCUCAACGAGUUAAACUUGACUUGGAUUAGUCUCAGCGCGAAUAACAUAACUGCUGAAGUAGAUGUGAAGUUGGUUCGGCCAAAAUUUGGCCUACAAAUUUUGGCUCUGAAAUCUUGCAAUUUGCAAGGGCAUAUCCCAACUUUCAUUUGUAAUUUGCCUCAGCUGGUUGCGUUGGAUUUGUCUCAUAAUAACCUGCGAGGAGCUAUUCCUUCUUUUAUCUUUGAACUUCAGAAUCUCUCUUAUUUAGAUCUCUCUAAGAACAAUCUUCAAGGUACAUUACCACCUUCGCUUAAUAUAACUCUUCAGUUUGCAUUUCCCACUCUAAAUUUAGCGAACAACAAACUUCAAGGUCAUCUUCCACUUCCACCUCAAAAAAUUGGAGUAUUUGAUCUGUCAUAUAAUAAUUUCACUGGUGCAAUCUCGGAUGAGAUUGGGCAAGCACUGUGCAGCAUUGGGUAUGUCUCAUUAUCAGACAACAAACUCUCGGGGUCAAUCCCUUCUUCUAUGUGUGCAAAUACACAUAAUUCUAUGAUGCAUCUUGAUCUGUCCAACAAUGAGCUAUUAGAAACAAUACCUUCUAGCUUGCAGUACUGCAAUUCUCUCAUUUCCCUAAAUCUUGCCAUGAACAGCCUGACAGGAAACAUUCCCCAUGAGCUUGAACGAAUGAAGAACCUCAAAACUGUACUGUUAGAUGGCAACGCUCUCAAUGGUACAUUUCCCACUUUUAUCCAACAACUUCAAGAUUUGGAAGUUCUCAACUUAGGGAACAACAAGUUUGGAGGUUCUAUACCAAAUUUCAUAGGUACACUCAAGAUUGUUGUCUUAAGAUCAAACGAGUUCAGCGGAUCAAUUCCAGAAGAGAUAACACGGGUGGAACUCCAGAUUGUGACCAAAGGAACUACCCAACGCCUUGAGCUUGUAUACAGUUAUAACUCAGGCAUCGAUCUAUCGUGCAACUUUCUUGAAGGAAACAUCCCACUGGAAAUGGGUUUACUGAAAGGGCUUGCAGUGCUAAAUCUGGCGUAUAAUCACUUCUAUGGCAAGAGUAUAGGUAGCAUGAGAGGUCUGGAAUCAUUGGAUCUUAGUUUCAACAAAGUGUUUGGAGAUAUCCCAAUGUCUUUGACAUCAAUCGACCCUCUUGGGUACUUGAACUUAUCUUACAAUAAUUUGAGUGGUACUAUUCCAAGAGGAAAUCACUUUGAUACAUUAGUUUAG